AUGGAAAAAUUACUUGAAUUUACUGUUUCUCAACAUUUAUCAAGUGUUAAUCUAAUAGCAGCAAUGGGUGCAAUAGGGAAUAUUGAUCGACAAAGACCAGAUUAUAUACAUGGUAACGGCAAUUUUUUUUUGCACCCUACUGUAUGUCGAGUUGUACAAACAUUUGAAGGAUUACAAGUUAAUUUACCACCGACAUUGGUCGAUUCUCAAGUUAGUAGUGUUCGAAAGAUAAUUAAAUUAAAAUUAUUAAGUCUUCUCAAACAUCCUGCUUCAUUCGAUUUUCAACCACAAAUUACAAGAUUAUUAACUGAUCUUGGUGCUACACAAGCUGAACUUCUUAAACAUUUACCAAAAGUUUCAUCGGAAUCUAAACGUAAAUUAUCAUUAACUAAUAGAAUCUCAUCAAGUGGUGCACAUGGUUCAACAGUAUAUUCAACAUCAACAAGUUCUUCAUCAUCUCAUCCUCAACAUCAAACAGCAAUUGAUAUAACAGCUGCUGAUCUUCUUGGAAAAUUAUCUAUUGGAAAUCUUGUUGAUUUAGUUCUUCUAUCAAUGUUGUUAUUACCGGAAAAAAUGCCUGCAUCAUUUCUCAAGCAACUUAUACACCAAUUGCAGCAGCUGCAUGUUAAACCACCAAUUGAUAAUGAUAUUGAAGAAGGAAAACCAAUAUAA